AUGUUCUCGAAAUCCGCUUCCCGUUGCAGUGGGGAUGCUGCUGCAGGAAGCGGCCUGCCCCUGAGAUCCCGACUGGGGUGCAAAACUUGCAAAAUCCGUCGAGUCAAGUGUGGACAAGAGAAGCCCAACUGUGUCCGUUGCAGCAGCACGGGUCGCAAGUGCGAAUACGUCAAGGCUGUGGCCGGCACUUUCUCGUCCGCCUCGCCCCCUUCCGCCACAGCCCUCGACCAUCCCCUGGCGUUUGCCCCCAACACCGUCUGGAGAGAACGUCGUGCUUUUGCCUACUACUUUGAGCGCGUGGCUCUGUUUGUCGGGGGCGAUCUGGAUGUCGAAUUCUGGGGGACUUUUGUGCCUCAGCUGUGUCAGGGAGAGCCGGCCGUGUGGGAUGCCAUCAUCUCUAUCAGUGCCCUGUUUGAGACGCACGAGCGGCCGACAAGUCUGGUUUCUGUACAGCUGAUUGAUCAACCGCAGGGGGAUGCCUUGGCCUGGUACUCGCGCUCCGUCUCGGCUAUUCGCCAGCGCAUUGAGCGCGGCCAAAUCGACAUCUUCGUCGGACUGAUUACGUGCGUGCUCUUCAUUUGCAUUGAGACCCUGCAGGGGCGCGAAAAAGAAGCCUUGCAGCUGUUUGCGCAGGGGUUGCAGCUCAUCCAGGCUCUGCGCGCCCAAGUCUCGUCUGGCAUGAUUCCACCGUCCAAGGCAGUCUUACUGGAGGAUGUGAUUGUGCCGAUCUUCAUCCGACUCGGGGUGAUCGCUUUUAGUGAUUCGGCCAGUCGGAUGGGCUGUUUGUUGAGGGCUCGUACCCCAGUAUGGUCGGCUGAAUUCGAAUCCCUAAAAUGCGCUCGCGAAGCUCUCACCAAUUUAGGCGCAGAGACCAUGCUCUUCGAGCGCCAGUGCCUGGCCGAGCUAUCACAGGCGGAUUGCUUUCAUGUCAGCGAAAGGUUGCUUCACACGCAAGCGAAAUUCUUCGAGCGCCUGCAAGAGUGGGACGUCGCUUUCAAGAGGCUUCUCGAUUCGCUCCAUGACAAAGGGCCACUCUCCCAGCAUCAGGUGAUCAACAGCGCGCUGCUCGUCGCCUACCACAAGACCACCAUCAUUCUAGCGACCAUUUGCGUAUCCUCCCUACAAACCAUGGCGGACCACUGCCUGGAGGACUUCCAGAUCAUCAUCGACCAAUGUGGUCUUGCUCUCGACGCGUCCCGGCGAUCUGACGGCACACAGCCACCAUUCACAUUUGAUCUUGGUGUUGGACUGCCCCUUUGGUUCACGAGCCUCCGAUGUCGUGAGCCGCGCCUUCGACGCGCCGCAGUCAAGUUACUUCGUCGAGCGCCGCCGGUGAUGGGCUUCUACCGUUCUACGGCGGCUGUUAGUUUUGCCGAAAACAUUAUCAUGCUAGAAGAAGGAAAUGCGAUGGCAUUGAGACCGGCACGAGGAACUCGGUCUGCCCUGGCCUGGGAGGAGGAUCCCGACAGUCGCAUGCAUGGCAAUAGGUUGCAGCUGGAACAGGGUAAAUUCGUGGCUACUUCGGAAAUUGAUGCUCAGCUGGCGCUGGCGGACAUCCCAGAAGAAGCGCGGAUUGGACCAAUCAAUGUUGUGCGACAGGAUGACAGCUCAUCACCACGAACCAUGCAAGAGGGGGUCAUGAAUCAUGAUUCCAGCAACGAAGUGACGGGGAUGCGGUUUAUGCGGAAUCAGCGAGAUCCGGUGCAGAAUACAUGGCAGCGGGUGCAUGAAUACCUGCCUUUGUGA